UCUGAGCAGUUUGAGAGUCCUUACUGCACAUUGGCCCACACUUUGGACUUGCGUUAAUUAAUAUCACAUAAAAUGUUCGAACUGUCGGCAACAUCUGUGUUUCUAGGAGUGGUGAUUUUUCUCCUCUGUUUCUGGGUCGUCCGGAGACCUAAGAACCUCCCUCCUGGGCCAUGGUCGCUCCCAAUCAUCGGGUAUAACUUUAAACCAGGUCUUAUCCACGAAGCCUACAUGGAUCUGGCUAAGAAGUACGGCCCUAUUUUCAGUUUGCGGAGAGGUUCGUUUGUCUUCGUAAUAUUGAAUGACAGGGAGAGUAUCACACAGGCUCUGGUAAAGUCAGGAGAAUUCUUCUCGGAUCGGUUUGUACCGGGACACUUUAAUUGGUCAAUACCGGAUCCUGGAAAGAAAGGUAAGCUUCAUACUACCAUUGCUUUUAGUAAUGGCAAACCAUGGGUCGACUUACGGAGGUUCGCUCUUCCUGCUCUGCGCUCCUUUGGAUUUGGGAAGCAGAGCCUGGUACCUCAGAUUAAUCUGGAGGCACGUUACCUGUCAGAGGAAAUCAGAAAUCUUCGAGGAGAACCCACAGAUUUAGCAACCACAUUUAGCAAGGCAACCGCUAAUAUCAUUUGUCAACUUCUAUUUAGUCAGCGAUACGAAUACAGUGACGGCGAGAUGAGCAGGAUUCUUAAGAGUAUGGACGAAUUCCUCUCCCUCAUUCAUGAAACAGAUCUAGUGAACAUCUUCGAAACACUCAUACAUACUCCAAGAUACAAGCCCUACCGUGAAUCUAUUUUCUCGGACAGGGAUUUCAUUAUGUCCCAUCUCAACAGCCAUCGAGAAACGUUUCAGAAAGACAACAUCCGGGACUUUACUGACGCGUUCUUAGCAGACGACAUAUCCAAGGAAUUCGAGUUAGAGCAUUUCUGGCGAGUCUUGCUUGAUUUUUUUAUAGGUGGUACCGACACCACGGCCUCGGUUACCUCUUGGACGAUUCUGUUUCUAUCUGUUCACCCAGAUGUUCAAAGAAAGGUACAAGCUGAGUUGGAUACUGUUGUUGGGCGUGGCCGCCAACCGAAUACUCUUGAUCGUCCAGACCUGCCCUACUGCAAUGCUACUCUAACAGAGGUCAUGCGAAUACGCCCCAUCCUCCCGGUCUCAGUUCCUCAUAUGACAUCUGAUGACGUUUCAUUCCGAGGCUUUACGAUUCCAAAGGGAAGCAUCAUUAUUCCAAACCUGUGGGCUGUUCAUCAUGAUCCCAAGGAAUGGAAUGAACCGGACACAUUUAACCCGGAUCGUUUUCUCAGUGCUGAUGGAAAACAAUUUCAGAAGAACGAGGCGUGGAUGCCAUUUGGUGUUGGUCGUCGUGAUUGUGUUGGUAGUCAGCUGGCCAAAAUGGAAACCUUCCUCCUGUUCACCAAUCUCUUUCAGCAGUUUGAAUUCAAGCUUCCUCCUAACCAACCAAACCCAAGCAUGCGUGGAGCGAAUAGAUUCACCAUGAAUCCACAACCCUACAAAAUUUGCGCCAUUGAGCGCUGAUUUUGUCUUCAUUUGCUUCAUUAAAGUUCCAAUACAAUUAAUUUGUCAGUGACAGAAAUGCGAUUGUUUAACACGAUUGUUUUUACGACUAGUUUUAAGGUUUAUUUGGGCAUCUUAUAUAUUAGUUUAGUAUAUAUGCACAAGUCAUCCCCGAACAUAAUUGUUUAGAAAAAACGUACUCAGUUUGCUUAUGUAUAAUGCAUUAUUCAUGCUGUAUUUAAUAUAUGUCUAUCAUAAUGAUCAUUCAUCUUCGUUAUAAUUAUUUUUGUUUGUACACGAUUAGGGAUUUACAAUUUCGUGGG